AUAACGCUGGAAUUCCAGAAGACUGACGGCACGCUCAUCACCCAGGUCAUUGACUUUCGCAAUGAGGUUCAAAUCCUCAAGGCCUUGGUGCUAGGCGAGGAGGAGCGCGGUCAGAGCCAGUACCAGGUUAUGUGCUUCGCCACCAAGUUCAACAAGGGCGACUUCAUAUCCUCGGCGGCGAUGGCCAAGCUGCGCCAGAAGAAUCCGCACACCAUUCGCACUCCCGAGGAGGACAAGGGCCGCGAGACCUACACGAUGAGCAGCUGGGUGCAGUUGAACCGAUCCCUGCCCAUCACGCGUCACUUGCAGGGCCUGUGCUCGGAGGCAAUGGAUGCCACCUAUGUGAGGGACGUGGAUCUCAAGUCGUGGGCAGAUCUGUCAGGCUCAUCGAUUCCAGCCUUGAGGCCCACCGAGAAAUUCCCGGACACGCUCUCGACGCGCUGCAACGAGGUGAGCAGCCUGUCCCCGUGUCUCUGCACCCUGGAGACUUGCAUCGUGUAUCCCUGCGGGCUCAAGUACUGCAAAGGCAAGGGCGCUGGAGCGGACUCCUCCGGGGCCCAACAGCAGCAGCACGAUUAUCGCUGCGGCAUCAAGACCUGCCGCAAGUGCACACAGUUCACCUAUUAUGUGCGGCAGAAACAACAGUGCCUCUAUGAAUGACGACGCGGAGAGCUGCAGCUGGCGCAGAUGCAGAUGCGCUGCGCCGCCAGGCGGCGAAUGGGAGCGAGGAUGCCAUCUGCCCGGGUAUGGGCAUGGAUUGCAGGUGAAACAAGAGCAGCAACAGCGAUGGCGACAAUAACUGGAGCAGGAACAGCGGUCGCUGCGAAAGAUACAACGAAGGCAGCAACAACGACGACCAACAAAUUACGCCAACUGCUUUUGUUGGUACAGCAGCAGAUGCCUUUUGCUCUGUGGAGUUUUCCGGUCCAUCACAUUUCCCAGCCUCAAUCCCAUACCCACACC